AUGAAUUUCCACAUCAACUUAGUUUUUCUGGUGGUGCUGAAUACUGGGGUGUUCGGCUUUCCACAAAACGCCAUAGACAACUUCUCCAAGCAUGGAGCAAAAGAUUUCGAAGCUUCUGGUACUGGACCUGACGAACCUAUUCGGGGAUCUGUGAAAGUAGUUAAAAUCAGCCCUCAUUUCCUGAGGCACGGCGGUAUAUUUGGAAGAGGACUGCCAAUUAAAGAGACCCGGCAAGGCCGAGGUGCGUUUCCAGCCUUUUUGGCGCUCGGACGCGCCGGUCCGUCUUUGUUGGAAAGGAAGCCGGUGCACUCCCUGCCUCUGCUCAGAGAGAGCCAGCACGGAGCAGACACCAAACGAAAGCACGGUUUGGAGAUGUGGCAAAGGGUGUUGCAUAAAAGCAACCAGGGUAAAGAGGCCGAAUCCCUGCCCAUCAACCUCAAAGACGCAUCCAAAGAGAGCUGCAGCGCGAUACCUUUCACGCAGCGCGUGACGGCGGAGGGUUGCGAAACGGUGACAGUGCACAAUAAACUUUGCUUCGGGCAGUGCAGCACCAUGUUUGUCCCGCCCUCCGGAGAGUUAACCGGUCACCACAGCGCGUCCUGCUCCCGCUGCGCUCCGUCCAAAGCCCACGCUGUGACGGUGCCUCUGCGCUGCGGAACGGAGGUGCGGCAGAGGCGCGUGAUGGUGGUGGAAGAGUGCAAAUGCCACGCGGGACGAGAGGGUGACAGGGUUGAGGCCAUGUUACCUAUGCGUUUGUAA